AAAGAAAUCAAGUGGCCACGUAGCGCAGGUGUUCGCGAAAGGGGAUUUGUUGGCCGUGGCCGUGGCGUUGACGUCACGUACUAGUGUUUGAUGUGGAGAUUAAUCGCUGAGAGGAGAGAGUCGCCUGCUGGUUCGAUGCCAUCCAAAAGACUCUUUUGAUCGGUGAGCCCGAGGGAGAUCUGUCGAUUUUUCAGGGGGAACAAGCGACUUUUCACCCGGAAUGGAGCUGAGCCAGGUCCUCGGUGGACAAUACGCCUUCCACGGGCUGGUCGCUGGCUUCGUCCUCAUCCUCGCCGUCCUCGUCUUCGCGUUCGGUUUCAAGUCCGCCGAGGAGCCGCCGUUCGACAAACUCAGCGGCCACGAGGACAGGAGAGCCGCGGGAAAGAAACGCAAACCGAAGGACAAGAAGUCACAAAUGAAUGGACAUGUGACUGCUGUUACGGAAAGCAAAAAAUCAGACCAGAAGGUGAUGAAGAAGGAGGAAAAGAAAGAGACAGAGAAGUCUCCCUUGAAAGAGAAGGCUGUGAAACAGGAGAAGAAAUCCCCUACUAAAACAACUAAUAAAGAUACAAAAGACAACCUGAAUGGAGUCGACAACAGAAAAGUCAAGGGAAAGGGUAAAGAGAACGUCGAGUUGAAAUCUUCAAAGAAGAAUAAAAUCGUUGAAGAAAAGCCAAAAGAUUUUGACGAUGGAGAGUGGGAACAAGCUUUGUCCCGCAAGGACAAGAAAAAUAGGAAAACCGCCCUCGAAGAAAUUCAGCCCAAAUCAGAAAAAAAGAAAGAAAAGAAAAAAGCCCGAGAAGAAGUGAAGCCUGCUCCUACGGAGCCUGAGGAGCAGCCCGACUUUGAGCACGAGCCGUCAAUGAAUGAAAUGUUGCCCCAGGAAAAACCAUCAGGACAACAGGUAGAGGUUCAACCUGCAGUUGUUGAUGAAAAAGUUAAAAAACCUAAAAAGAAGAAGCCCUCUGAGACUCAAAAUGUUGCUGAAUCAAUGCUGACUGAAGAGAAGGAAGCCUACACUGACUCGCCCUCUCCACCCAAACUAACUGUGAAGGUUGAAGCGUCUGAAGCUUUACCGUUAAACGUUUCUGAGUUUGAUUCCCCUCUUGCAUUUGACGAGCUUGGAGACACAUGGAAGGAAGCAAGAGCUCCUAAAAAGGGUAACAAGAAGAAGUCUAGAAAGGACUAAAAAUAUAACGGAAACUAAUAAAUUUAAUUUAAAAAAAAAAAAAAAUACCAGGAGCAACUAAAUAAAACCUAAACAGAGGAGACCAAAAUAAAGACAUUAUUAGAGGGCAAAAAAAUUUAAAUUGACAAUCGUGAGCAAUUUUUUUUUAUUAUUAUUGAUCAGCAAUUUGGUUUUUCCAAGAAAUGUGCCAAAAAUAGGAAAUAUCCAACAAACUAUUUUCAUCUCCUCGUGUUUUCGUAUUUACAUAUUUUAUUUAGACUGGCUUUAUUUAAAUUUGAAAGUUAUUAAAGUAAUAAAAAAUAGAGACCAUUUUUAAUAAUUAAAAAAGACAGAAUAGAGAAAUUAAAAUAUCUAAGAAUGAAACAAUAACUCAGCAGGAGGCGACCUUUCAAAAGAAGAACCAAAACAUAAAAAAAUAAAGAUGUUUUUAUGGACGGGUAGUGGGUUUUUUAUAUCGAUUUUGUGAUAAUAUUUUUUUAGAUAAAAUAUAAAAAAAUAAAAAAAAGUUAAAUGGGAAAUGAUUGGUAAUUUUUCCUUUGCUUGUCUGUCUUAAUGUUUAAGUGUUUGUUUGCUCAUUUUUCUCUUUUUAAUUGUCUGACACCUUUUUUCGUUUAUUUAACCGACCGCCGGGCGACCCCCGUAAAAGACGAAAAUCGCAGCUAUAUUCACCUCAUCUUUAACAGCGUAGAAAUGAUUGGACAUAGAGGGAAGGUGAAUUUUUUUCUUUUAUUAUUUCAACACACAAUGAGUACUAGUAAAAUAUAAAUAUAUAAUUGGCUGUGAUUUCGCGAGUUUUACAUUUCUUUCGGUUCAAAAUUGGCUUUUUUUUUCUUUUCUCUAUCAGCCUUCUUCUGUCUUCCUGAAUUUCAAAUAUCACAUUUCCCCCACAAAUUUAUUCUUAUGAAUCUUGGGCCUAAUUUUUUUUUUCUUUAUUAUAGAUGUUAUUCCGUAUAAGUGUUAUUCAAGAUAAAACACCCUUGUGUGUGAAGGAUUGAGACUAUUUUUUAAAUGAACAUUUACACAAAUAUCUGGGAAUGUAUAUCGAUUAA